GUCCGAAGCAAUUCUCGAUUUUUCUACAAAGCUUGGACUCGCUGGCCCUAACUUCGAUGCCGACGUCUGCGGAAACGACCCCGAGCAGAUAAAGUACUAUGACUGUCAGUGGUGGUGUAUGCGGCUGGCGAGAACGAGAGAAACCCAUUUUGCAGAAAAUGAUGCAUUCGACAUUGUCUGUCCCAACCUCCGCGACCUGCUUCGGCACUGUGCCGACGAGGACGCAUCCAUGAGGACGUCUGCGCAUUACAUUGUUCGUAACUAUGGUAAAGGUGGCCUCCGGUUUGUGCAGCAAAUGAUUGCAGAUGCCAUGUUGACGCUGAUGGAAAACCUGCUGUCAGAGUCCACCGGAAUGAGCCAAGCGACCUUGACACAGGUAAUGCAGUGCACGGGUCACCUUGACAACGUUGUACGUACACUCGCGAAGCCUCAGCGUCAAAGGUGGGUGUCCCUGCUGGUCAAAGCCCUUGAGAGCCUGCGGGGUCACGAAUCAGAGACGUUGACUUUGAUUGCUGACUUGAAGCUCCUCUGGCGAGCUGAUGACGAUCCCUGUCGGGCCUAUGCAGAAGCGGAGCAGCAGCUGACGGCUUUGAAGAAGCAGGCCAACAAAGACGUUGGGCCAUGCCCGGGAAGCCUGAUCCGGAAAAGGCACAUUUCCACUCGGCCUUGUCUGAGCACGGUCAUGUUUGAUGAGACGCCCAAACGCGUGAACGCCAAUGCUAGUCCAAAGGCGGCUCCGCCCCAACCGCCUCCGGGACCGGUUCAAGAUGCAGCCGGUCAAGAGUUGAGCCGGUUUGUGCCUCGGUGGUUCCACCAAGAUGCAGCCGGGGCCUUGCACCAUGAGAAGGGGCGAGCAAUGAUCCUAAUUCAGUGCGAAGUUCAGAAGAAAGCAUGCUUCGUCACUGUCUUACUGCAAGCGCGUGUAGGCACAGCUAGGCAUGUUGCCUCCAUUGCAAGCCUUGGAGCCCAGUUCCACGUGAAGCACGAGGAAACAGACUCCGUGCGGACACUGUGUGAUGCAGUGCUGCUCGCGGGUGAACAAGGCCAAGACGGCGGCGAAGAAGCUUUGAAGGGAAUCCGAGAAUUCUUCGGAAGCCACAAGGUCUCAGUCGACUCGAUGUUGCUUGUGCUUGAUUCCAAUGCGGUGGUGGGGUGCGCUUGGCAGGCGGAGCUGGAAGAGGCCCUAGAAUGCCUAGCAGCGCAGAAAAAGAGGCAAGAGAAGAUGAUUGCCGAGAUGGAGCGGCAAACGGCGCAGAUUCAGAAGAAGAUGGAGGUCCGAGUGAAGGCCUGGAGCACUGGUCCUGGCCACUUGGACUGCCGUGUCGGAACCGAACUGAAAGAACGCAUUGAGGCCCUUCAGGCCUGCAGGGUUGUGGACUACUGUCGCUGA